AUGAAAGCGUUUUUUAACACGUCCUCUAAAGUUACUAGAACUCUACCAAAAACCAGUCAUACAAAGAUACCUCAGCUGGUUAUUUCUCACAAAUAUAUACACAGUACUCUUUCUGAAAAGUCUGCAUCUAUUCUUUCUGAGUCGCAUAAAACUCCUGAUGCUUCUUCUAGUCCCAGAAUUAACAAGGGCCUGGAUUUCCCAGGUAUAACCAAGACAAAGUUUGUUAAAGACAUGGCUUUAAAUGAUCCAGCUCUUUUACAGCCGAUGGAAAUUUACCGGCUAAUUGAUGUUGAUGGAACACAGUUUGAUAAGAGCUAUGAGGUUGAUGUUGACAAGGAUCUUGCUAUUCGAAUGUAUCGAGAAAUGCACAUUAUUGGCAUUCUUGACAAUAUUAUGUAUGAGGCUCAACGUCAGGGUCGACUGAGCUUUUACAUGGUUAAUGCCGGUGAAGAGGCUUCGGCUAUUGGCUCUGCAUCGGCACUCAAGCCUAAUGAUGUUAUCUUUUCUCAAUACAGAGAAGCUGGUGCCAUUUUACACAGAGGCUUGACAGUCAAAGAGUUCAUGUCACAGCUCUAUGCCAAUAAAAAUGAUCAUGGCCAUGGUCGUUCCAUGCCUGUCCAUUAUAUGUCCAAAACUCUUCGCAUCCAACCAAUUUCUUCGCCUUUAGCCACCCAAAUUCCUCAUGCGGCUGGUGCGGCCUACGCAUUGAAGGUUUUGGGAGAAAAAAGUGGAGUUGAUCCCAAAAGCGAAAAUGAAAUUGACGAUGGCGCAUGCGUUAUUUGCUAUUUUGGCGAUGGUGCUGCUUCAGAAGGAGAUUUUCACGCUGCAUUAAAUAUGGCAGCUACCCUUAACUGUCCAGUAAUUUUCUUUUGCCGCAAUAACGGUUAUGCCAUCAGCACACCUACCAAGGAGCAGUACAGGGGUGAUGGAAUUGCUUCACGUGGCAUUGGGUAUGGCAUUGAAACCAUUCGUGUUGAUGGCAACGAUCUGCUGGCUGUUAGACGUGUCACUCAAAAGGCUAGAGAGGUUGCCACUCGUGACAAAAAGCCUGUACUCAUUGAAGCAAUGUCAUACCGUAUUUCUCACCAUUCAACUUCUGAUGACUCAUUUGCUUACAGACCAAAAAGAGAAGUGGAAGAUUGGAAGAGAAAAGACAACCCAGUUGUUAGAUUCAGAAAAUGGCUCGAACUAAAAAACUGGUGGAAUGAAGACGAAGAGGCUAAGCUUAAGGUUGAGCUUAAAAAGAGCGUUUUGAAAGAGUUUUCAGCUGGUGAAAAGACUUUAAAACCACAAAUUAGAAAUAUCUUUGAUGACAUGUAUGAUACGCUUCCUGAGACCCUGAUUGAGCAGAGACGGGAACUAGGAGAGAUAUUAGAUACUUAUCCUGAUCAUUUUGACCUAUCACACUUUGAAGGUGGCAGGCAAGGUUUGGGAGAUAAAUAG